AUGGAUAAGAAAUUCGAUGUAAUUAUAUUUGGUGCUAGUGGAUAUACUGGAAAGUAUGUGAUUAGGGAAGCAGUUAAACUGUUAAGUGGAUAUAAAUGGGCAGUAUCUGGAAGAAACGAAAAGAAAUUAAUUGAAGCAAUUAAGGCAGCAGAAAUUUACUGUUGCGAAAGUUUGUCAGACAUUCCAAUUAUCAUAGCAGAUAUUAAUGAUGAAAAGUCGUUAAAAAAUAUGACCAUGCAGACUAAAGUAGUUGUUAAUUGUUGUGGACCAUACAGAUUUUUUGGUGAACAAGUCGUUAAAGCUUGUAUAGAAACUUUCACGCAUCAUGUAGAUGUAUCAGGCGAGCCCCAAUAUAUGGAAUCAAUGCAACUUAAGUAUCAUCUAAAAGCACUUGAAAAUGGGGUUUAUAUAGUCACUGGAUGUGGUUUCGAUAGCGUUCCUGCUGAUUUAGGAACUGUUUGUCUUCAAGACAAUUUUAAAGGAACGGUAAAUUCUAUUAAAAUAUACAUUCAAGCACGUUAUUUGAAUGAUUAUGAAGCAUUUGGCCCUAUAGUCAAUUAUGCAACUUAUGAAUCUGCUAUUCAUGGAAUGUCACAUGCUGAUCAGUUAAAAGAUGUCAGGAAGGAAUUGUUCAAGACAAAACUUCCAAAAUUAAAACCAAUCAUUGAAAAUAUUAGUGGACUUCAUAAGGCUGAUGACUUGAAUUCUAAAUGGUGCCUGUCGAUUCCAUCUGCUGAUCAAUCAGUAAUAAAUCGGUCACAAAGAUUCUUUUAUGAAAAUUACAAGCAACGACCGAUUCAGAUCAGAACAUUCACUACAUUUGCAUCAUUAUCUACUGCUUUGAAGACUGUCAGUGCUGGGAUAUUACUUAACAAGAUGAUCAAGUAUAAGCGUGGAAAGGAACUUCUUUUGAAUUAUCCAGAGCUCUUUUCUUUCGGUUUUACAAGCCGCAAAGGUCCAUCCGAAGAACAAAAUGCCAAUACAGUCUUUGAACUAAUUCUGAUUGGUGAAGGAUGGAAUGAAACUUUUAAUGAUCCAGUAACUAAUAUUGACAUUCCAGUCAAUAAGAAAAUGACAUGUAAAGUUACGUGCAUUAAUCCACUAUAUGGAGUUGCUUCAAAGGCUGUUUUGUUAUCAGCUGUUUCUAUUUUAAAUGAUUGUGAUAAGAUGCCUUACAAUGGAGGUGUUUUUAGUCCCGCAGCAGCUUUUAAAAAUACAUCAUUAAUCCAGAAAUUAGACGAUAACGGAGUGACUUUCGAAGUCAUUGAAAACAAUGAAAUUAAAGCAAAAUUGUGA